CAAUUAAGGCUAAUUAAGUGACCAGGUGCGCUGACAGGAAGUCUACAAAAAUACUGCCGCCCUUCAAUCCGUCCCAGUGUUUUGGUGCAAAGACAAAAACUCGUAUUGACAAUGCAUUUCAAACAUAAAGGAUACUUCGGUGUUGUGCUUAUUUACACCAUCACAACAAUCGCUUUACCUCCAGUUAGCCGGUGUGAGCCUACUGCGUCCUCCUUCCAACCGAAUUCUCCUCCACCUCCUCCUGAUGACAGCAAAGUUCAUUUAACUACGGAAAGCAGCAGUCAUUCCUCCAGCCCUGACAUCGGAGAGCGGCUGGACCUCGGCUCAAGGCGCGCAGAAGACCUCCUAAACUCUGAAGACCUCCACAGCGGGAAAGAGAAACCCAGCAGCAGCCCCGAAGAAAGGCCCGAGAAGAGACUAAGACCCAGAAUGGCGUCUUCUUCGGGUCCUACAGGUGUCAGUGACCGUCACAACCCCACACAAGCCGAGGACGAGCCGGUUUAUUCAUAUGGAGACUGCAGAGAGGGGAAAAUUAAGCACGUAGUUUACGGCAAGUUUGUCAUCGCUGGCCAGCUGGAGCCAAACGUCCCAACUCUCAGCUACCAAUCAGAUUCCUCUGCUUCAGUCCGGUCUCUGGGAAGCCGGACAAGGCUCAGGGGUCACCGGGUCAGCAGCACAGUGAAGAGCUGGCAGAGGCUGCUGCCUGUGGUGGAGUGUGAGGAGGACAGCAUGACCCUCACUGUCAGGAGGAGACGAGCUGCACAGCUCCUGCUCGACCGAGCAAAUGAGUCGUCGGUGGCUCUGUCCCAGCUACCACCACAGUGUGGUUACACUCUUCAGACCACAUGGAGAGACCUCAGUCUGAUGGCUCCAUAUUACGCUUGUCAUGUCAUUCAAAAGGAUGGCAGUUAUGUGCUGCCCCUGCUAUGGAGGGGAACCCCAGUCAAGAUGUCCUGUCCAGUCUCUCAGAUCAGCCCUCACACUGUAGGGCUAUCCUCCCUCUGCUGCUCUCCACAUGGGAUGAUUGUCAAAGUACACGAAUCGACUCCUGUGGAGAAGCAGAGAGUAAAUGUGAGAGGAGAUUGGACCCCUCUAGCUCUGUUGGCUGAGCAGUGUGGCUACACUUUGGCUAAACAAGAUGCAGAUACUGUAAUUGCUGCUCCGUUUAUUACAUGUGGCAUCACAGAAAAGGAUGGAGAAUACACACUUCCUCUCCAGAUAGGCAAGGAAAUCUUCUCACUUUCCUGCCCUGUGUCUCCUCCUGAAGAGCUCCCCAUUAACAGUCAGCCUCUGGUCAACAGCCCAGCUCAUCUAACCAGGGGGACAGACAAACCUAUGUUAGGGGCUCAGGAGCCUUUUCCAUGGGCCCCUCCUUUCUACCUGGCUCCACUGUACUAUCCCCACCCUACAUAUCACCAUAAUUAUGCCAGUCCUAAAGUACAUGCUUCAUAUGAUUCUCCUACUCCAGCAUCUUUGACUCCUGAGCAGAGUUUUAGCUCACAGCUUCACCCUCCUGUUGAUUCCCAGCCAGAUUAUCAACCCUACUACGUCUACCAGAUGCCUUUCUGGGAGCCGUAUGACACUCCUCCAUCACCCGUUGAAGAAAUGAAAGAUUUACGUCGGGAGAACCCCGAACGAAGACAAAAUCAAGAAACUCCUUUUUUGGCCUUCUCUGAGAAGCACAGUGUCAGACCUACAGGGUUUCCAGCUCGGCUCAAAGCGCUGCAUUUCCAGCCUCUGAGACACGACUUCAAUCCAUACUACCACUACUACCAUCACCCCAAAAUCCCCCUUGGCAAACCUCAAAACCCUGAUUCAGGUCUGGAUGUUUCUCACGAAAUCUCUUCAGCUCACUCGCGUAAACAUGAAUUUUCAGCUUUGGCCCCCAACGUUCAACAGUCUAAGAGCGUCAGGAAAGUCACCUCAGACCAGUUCCCUCCACCUGUGUCAGAGACUACCUUUUAUCCCUACGUUCACCCAGAAAAUGCUAAAUUGGUUGACAAAACCCUUGAAACUCAUGCUCCUCACCUUCUAAACCCAUAUCUUUACUACUAUUACUAUUACUUUCCACAUAUUUCAAGGGGUGAGGCUGAAAGACUGGUUCCAUCACAUCCCGACAUGCCUGCAGAAACAAACUUGUCAAAUUCCUCCCCAAUUCUUGCAGUAAAUGAGCACAACAUGAAUGCCUACAUAAAUGCACACAAGAACUUUGAUAAAUAUAGCACAGAGCUGAUCAUGCAUCCGAUUUUCUCUGCUAAAGUAAAUUUGGAGCAGAAUGAUGCAAGUCGCUCUGCAUCUGUGACUCCUGCAGUGCUGCCUCCAGUCCCACAAGGUCCCCAUCAUAGACUUGAGCCUCAACAACGCCCUCCUCACUCUCAAUCAUUCAUUAAUCAACUGAAUCCUUACCAGUACUACUAUCACCCUUAUUAUCAUUACUCUCAGAUGUAUUACAGACCUGUAAACCAAGUUUCUCCAGCUUCACCUGAUCUUCUAGCACCUUCUGCCCCAGCUCAACGUCUGACUCCACCUGUACAAUCGGUGUAUGGUUUUCAUGACUGGAUGCAUAGUCCUUUCUAUUACCCAUAUAACCCAUCUAAAGUGCCCGAAGACGACGAGCUCCAUCCUACAGGCAGCAAAAACUCUGAAAACAAAUCUGCUAAAUCUCAGCUUCCCUCAGACUUUGACUAUGGCAUGAUGGCAGGAUAUUUCAACAUCCCUCUGCCACUGCAUAAUCCAAUCAAUAGUUUAUAUUCCCAUUAUAUUACUCAGCAGCACCAUAAUCAGCAAUCUGAGAAACCUGAUGAAGAUGCAAAAGAGAAUCUAGACAAAGUGAGAGAUUACCUCGAGGCCCACACGUACACGCCCUCCGCCUCACCCUGUGGCCUUGGACCUGUGUCAGAUACUGAUUGCAGUAACUCUUUAGGCUGCUGUUCAAACACUGUGAAGGGCUGUACAGUGGGACAGUACUGCGUCUUUGCGAUGCCUGACUCUGUAGUACAGCCCACAGUUGCUCCUCCUGCUCAUUCCCCUGAGGACAUCAAUGCUUCCUGCACGCUGCAGAGGUUGACCCCUGAUCGUGACAUCUACAUUGUACCUCUGGAUGGCUGCGGAGUAAACAAACAUAUGCUUGGCAAGACGGUGGUUCAUCUUUUGGAAGUUCAAGGUUUGCAUCCUUACCAAAACAGCGAUUCUGCACAUGAGAGUUCUCCUUUCAGGUUUAUGGUGGGAUGUAGUUCCUCAGCAGAUUCUCCAGGUGAAGUGAAGUUUCAUGUGAUGGAUGAACAGCCUCCUCUGCCUCUCAUACAGCCAACACCAGUCGCUGUCACUGUGCAACUGAGAAUUGCCGAAGAUGAGUUUUUCACCAGCUACCACCCUGAGGCUCACCUCCCUCUCAGCCUCUUGCAGGGCAGAACAGUUUAUGUGGAGGUUAGCCUGAAGGACCCCCCAGAGUCCACACUUGUGCUGCUGGUUCAUUCCUGCCUGGCUUACACUGAAGCUCCAUAUCCCAGUGGGAUGCUUGUUUAUGAUGGCUGCAGCAGCCUGGGGGUUUUGCAGAUGCUUCCGACCUCGGACUUGCAGGUCCGGAAGAUCAUAAUUUACAGCUUCCUCUCUCUUCCACAACACAUGACUAAAGGGGGCUCCCUCCGAGAGGACCCAGAGAUCCACUUUUUGUGCCUGACAGAAGUGUGCUCUGACUGCACCCUAAGAUGCCUCAAAGGUCCAAACACUGGUGUGUAAGCAAUGUAAUAAAGAUUUCUACACAAGUGCAACUUGAUUUUGUUGUUUAAUGGAAACGAGUGUCUCUGUAGGUUUUGCUUCUAUAACUAAAUAGUACAAAUAAGUAGUACAGGGCAAGAAAACAAGUGACAGACAACUGGAGGCAUUUAGCCUUUUAAAUUUAUUUUUUUAUCAGCAAGACAGUUAACUUUUUUUUUUUUUUAAAUGACACAAUGUUAACAAGCAAAACACAAAGGAAUGAAAUGUGAGCUUAAAUAUUUUCCCUUUUCUCAGGAUGAAAGCGUUUAAGCUUUUACAGAAACGAGGCUUCUGAAGCAUUCGGUCUGGAACGUUUAAACAGUUUGACCUAAAACUAAACCUCUCACAGGCACCUGGCUUUUUUUUUUUUUUUUUUCUUUUUUUUUUUUUGGUCCUGCUCUUUGGCCCUCUGUAACCCCGACCAUAAAUCUAAAAGGAAUGCACUUCCUAACAAUACUCUAGUAUACAGCCACAAAAAAGUGAUGUGAAAUUGAAGCUCACAUUAGAGCGAUGACACCAACAUGCUACACCUUGCUGUAAUUGGACCUCUACUAUAACAAAGAUAAUACAUUGACUCCCUUUUAACAGUCAUAACUGACCAUAUCCAGUGACUAAACUUUUACUGUGUGCAACAGACACAAACUACUAGUAUUAGGGUCACAUGAAGGGGAAACUUUAUUCUCAAUAUUAAUAAUUAAAAUGUGGAGAUUUUGUCAUUUAUAUUCUGUAGACUGCUUCAUGGAGUUAAGCUGAUGAAACAUGAUCAGUCCUUGUGUCUUUUGAUACAACAUCUGUACUGCAUAAAGGUGUGACCAUAAACAUCCUUGCAUCUGUCCAUCUCCAGCUAUUUCAUUUUAACCAGAUACAUCUUUCUGCACCUUCAGCGUCCGUAUGCUCAUGGCCACGUUGUUUCUCUUCCCCUUUAACGUGGCCCUAAUACUCAUUCAUAAAUAAACAGCAUAACUUUUCAGGAGAAAAAAUGUUUAAAAAAA